AUGGGCUUCUUUGUUCAAUUUCCUAAAGAAGGUUUUUAUUUUUUUUCUUAUUUUAAAAAAAGUUGUAAUAAUAAUAAAUAUAUUUUAUUAUGUAAGAAGAGAAGCAUAUCAUGUUUGUGUCGUAGAAAAUAUUAUCACAGUAAUAUUGAUUGUGUUAUAGAUAAUCCGAAAAAAAGGCCAACAUUAAUUCUUAAUGAAAAAAGCGUAAAGAGCGUAAUAAAUGGUUUUCCUUGGUUAUAUUCUAAGGAUAUAAAAAAUGCAGAAGAGUUAUAUAUAUACAGUCCUUGUUUAGUUAAUAUAAAAGAUGAAUUUAAUGAAAAUAUAGGUGUUGGGAUAUAUAAUAAGAAUUCUAUAAUCUCUUCAAGAUUAUUAAGUAGAAAUAUAAAUGAACAUAUAAAUGAAGAAUUUUUUAAUAUACGUAUAAGAAGAGCAUAUGAAAAAAGAUUAGAAUUAUUUCAUAAUGAAAACUUCUUUAGGGUGGUGAAUGCUGAAAGUGAUUUUCUUCCAGGAAUUAUUAUUGAUAAAUAUAAUAAAUUAGUAUGUGUACAAAUAAAUGCUAGUGGGAUGGAUAUAUUACUACCUAUUAUAAUGAAAAGUAUUGAAAAUAUUUUAAAUCCAAAUAUUAUUAUAAUAAAAAAUGAUAAUAAAAUAAGGAAAUUAGAAAAGUUACCUAUAAAAAAAGAAAUUUAUAAAGGCAUAUAUAAAUCUCCAAUAGAAGUUCAAGAAAAUGGUAUAACCUUUUUUGUUGAUAUAUUAAAUGGACAAAAAACAGGCUGGUAUUAUGAUCAAAGAUAUAAUAGAACUAUGCUCAUUCCUUAUUGUAAAGAUAAAAAUAUUCUAGAUUUAUUUUCAUAUGUUGGAUCUUUUGGUAUUACAUUAGCAUAUUAUGGUGCUAAGGAGGUAACUUGUGUCGAUUCUUCUUAUUCAGCUAUAAAAAACGGGAUACAUGCAGCACAAUAUAACAAUAUACUAGACAAAAUUAAUUUUGUUCAUGGAUGUGUUAGGAAUUUUUUACAUGUAUGUUUAAAUAUACAAAUAUUAUUACAAGAUAAUAAAAGAACAAAUAUGAUAAAUAUUUUUGACCAUAUGUUGUCUAUAGGUGAAAAUUCUUUGGAUUUAAAAGAGGAAAAAAAUAAUCUACUAUUACAAAAUAAUGAAAACAAAUUAUAUAAUGAAUAUAUGUUGAUAAAUUCGAAUGUUCCUAUGCAAUUAGAACAAAAUGACACACAUAUUUCAUUUGACAAUAAUACAAAAAAAAAAAAUACAAAUAACAAUUUGUUAACAAAUAUAAACCAAAAUAACAACAAUUUUGAAUAUGUUAAGAAUGAAAAACUUUUAACAGAUAUGAAAAAUUUAUCAAUAUAUGAAAAGAAGAAAACAGAUACUUAUAUAGAAGAUAUAGAAUUUUUAUUAAGUAAUAAUUAUAAAUUUUUUCAAAAAACAUAUGAUGUUAUUUUAAUAGAUCCGCCUCCAUUAGCACGUAAUAAUUAUUGUCUACCAUCCGCAUUAAAAAUUUAUGAAAAACUUUUAUAUGUAUCUUUUAGAAUAAUACAAAAACCUGGGUAUGUAUUUGUAUCAAGUUGUAAUAAAUUAAUUGGAUAUGAUAAAUUAUUAUUUUGUAUUAAAAGAGCAUUAAAAUGGUCCAAAUGUGAAGGAACAAUAAUAGGAGAAGGCAGAAUUAGUUCUGAUCAUCCUAUUCAUAUAUCAUUACCCGAGACAAAAUAUUUAACUUCUAUUCUUUUAAUGAUAACAUAG